UGAAAAAAAAAAACAAGAUCCACCUCGAAAACCCCUCUCUCUCUCUCUCUGUUUCUCUCUCUCUCUCUCUCUCUAACAAGAACGUCACUCACACCACCACUACCAUCCCUCCACUUCUGUCUCCCAUCUCCCCCAUUCUUUCUCUCUCUUUCUGUGUCAAAUUGUAGAGAGAGAAAAAGAAUCAAAUCCCUGUAUCCACCUUCACCACCACCACAACUCCCUUUUUCUUCUUCAUUACACAAAAACAAAAAUAAAAUUCCCAUUUUUUUUUUGUUCUUUCUAAUUCCCUUAAUCUAAUCUUAAACAACAAAGACCCAUGAGCUAAACUCAUAAUCCGCAUCCAAAAAUCUCGCCUUUCCUCAAAAUCAGUGAACCCCAUAACGGAAACACACUCAAAAACCAAACCAAGAAAAAGAAAAUGAGGGAAGAAGAUUCAAACUGGUUUGCCAGAUGGGAAGACGAACUACCUCCGCCGGAGGAACUCAUGCCCUUAUCGCAAACCCUAAUCACACCCGAUCUUGCCAUCGCCUUCGACAUCCCCAGUCCUCACACCCCAACCGCCGCCGCCACCGCCACCCCAACCACCCCGAACCACCACCUCCACCACCACCAACAACCACAGCAACCGCAACCACCUUCAAACCCUUCCCCCUCGCAUCAGCAACAACCCUCCUCCGGCGGCGACUUCGCCGACUCCGGCGAUCUUGGCUCCGGCGCCGCCGGUGAGGAGCCAGCCAGAACCCUGAAGAGGCCCCGCCUCGUUUGGACCCCACAGCUCCACAAGCGCUUCGUCGACGCCGUCGCACACCUCGGAAUCAAGAACGCGGUUCCGAAGACCAUAAUGCAGCUCAUGAGCGUUGACGGCUUAACCCGCGAGAACGUCGCCAGCCACCUCCAGAAGUACCGCCUCUACCUCAAGCGCAUGCAGGGACUCUCCGCCGCCGGACCCGGCGGCGGCGGAGCGGGUGGCGGUGGAUCCGAUGCCGCUACUGAUCACCUCUUCGCCAGCUCCCCUGUGCCGGCGCAUUUCCUCCACCCGGCUGCCGCGGCCGCGGGCGGGAGGCCUAAUUCAGAGCAUUUCCUGCCGUUCGUGUCGGUACCGGCAAUGCACCACCAGCAACACCACCACCAGAUGGCUGCCGCAGCUGCCGGUGCUGCAGCGAUGCAGCACGUCCAGCUGCAGCAGCAGUUCCAUAGGCAGGCAUCCGGGCAUUUUGGGUCGCCGCCGAACGGGCACUUUGAGCAUGCUUUCAUGUCAAGGCAGCAGCCGCCGCCGCAGAAUCAGCAGCAGCAGUUCAAUAGAAUGGGUGGAGGUGUGGCUGGAUAUGCAGAGGAUAUGGAAUCUGCUAAUGCAUCUGGUGCAAGGAAGGUUCUUACUCUUUUUCCAACUGGAGAUGAUUGAAUUUACCAUUUGAAAUUUGGUUGUUAUGUUCUCUAUAUAACAAAAUUAUUAUAUAUAGUACUCAACUUAGUUAUCUCUGUUUGGAGACAACGUUGUUUGGUGGUGUAGUUUCGCGUUUGGUAUGUUUGGGGUGUUAAGCAAGGAGGUGUUAGUUGUUAAUUAGUAUUAAGGUGGGGUUAAUUUGUGUCUUGGAGUUACUAAUUGGUAUUGGAGUCUAGGCAUUUUCUUCGGAUCUAGAAGCAUGAGUAGCCAUUGUGAGAUAAUUGGGAUAGGUUUGUUCCAAUAUGGUGUUCUUCCUGUGACCGUUCUGUAAUUAGUACCUUGCUUGUUGGUGGUAGCAUUCCAUAUGUUCUGUGUCGGCUCCUGGUGACUGAAGUUCAUCGUGAUGUCACUUUUGGGGCUGCGACAAUGUCUAUAUAGCUCCGUGUUUGAAUCAGUGGUUGGUGAGACUUAGUCCUCUGUUGAUUCAUCCCAUCAUUAGUUUUAUGGGAAUUGGCUGCAGCUCUGUAUAAACCACAUUGUUACUUCUUGGGAAGUUUUCUAUUGGCAUUCAUGGCAGGAGUGAGCGAAUUGCGGCGAGUUCAGUAAUUAUAGCCUGCAGUUGGCAAUAAACUUGCGAGUUGGAAGCGUAUCUAUUGGUACAUUUGGUUGUGAAUUCUUCAACUGAAUCUGGGAGCCUCUAAUGCGGAAGACUUAUCUUCUUGCGUGUCAAGUUAUGUGUCCUUUAGAGGUGAGUUGUACAUUGUUUGAUUCUAUAUAGAAGACUUUAAUGCCUGAUGCAAGGCGAUCUUUUAAAAUUCUAAUCUUACUCUGUGGCGUUAAAUUCUAUAUGCCAGAUGAACUCAAGUAAAACUAGUUUCUUUGAGUUUGUAGGUUUACCCUGCUUAAAUGAAAACAAUAAGUUCAUGUUUUUACUUA